AUGAGCCGGGCAAGGCACGUGGGCAAGCUCCAGAAACGCCUGGAAGAUGUCAAGAGCCAGUGGGUCCGGCAAGCCAGGGCUGACUUCAGUGACAAUGAGAGUGCCCGGCUGGCCACAGAUGCCCUCUUGGAUGGGGGUCCCGAGGCCUACUGGCGGGUGCUCAGCCAGGAAGGCGAGGUGGACUUCUUGUCCUCGGUGGAGGCCCAGUACAUCCAGGCCCAGGCCAAGGAGCCCCCCUCUGCCCUGGAGCCCCCAGGAGGGGCCGAGGCAGCUUCCAAGGGACUCGACUCCUGCUCCCUGCCAUCAAGUACCUACUUCCCUGUGGCCUCAGAGGGCAGUGAGCCGGCCUUGCUGCAUGCCUGGGCCUCAGCCGAGAAGCCCUACCUGAAGGAAAAGUCCAGCGUCACCGUGUACUUCCAGACGGACAAGCACAACAACAUCAGGGACCUCAUCCGCCGCUGCAUCACCCGGACCAGCCAGGUCCUGGCCAUCCUGAUGGAUGUGUUCACGGACGUGGAGAUCUUCUGUGACAUCCUAGAGGCGGCCAACAAGCGCGGGGUGUUCGUCUGUGUGCUCCUGGACCAGGGAGGCGUGAAGCUCUUCCAGGAGAUGUGUGACAAAGCCCAGGUCUCUGACAGUCACCUCAAGAAUGUUUCUGUCCGGAGCGUGGAAGGAGAGGUGUACUGUGCCAAAUCAGGCAGGAAGUUCGCCGGCCAAAUCCAGGACAAGUUCAUCAUCUCGGACUGGAGAUACGUCCUGUGCGGAUCGUACAGCUUCACCUGGCUCUGUGGACACGUGCACAGGAACAUCCUCUCCAAGUUCACGGGCCAGGCGGUGGGGCUGUUUGACGAGGAGUUCCGCCACCUCUACGCCGCCUCCAAGCCCGUGAUGGGCCUCAAGUCGCCCGGGCUGGCCGCCCCCCUCCAGCCCAGAGCGGCCCCCAGCCCCCGAGCUGGCCGCCUCAGCGGCAGCAGCCACUCCACCAGCGACCGCGCGUCCUCCGACCCCUUCAGCAGCCUGUCGACAGGCAGCAACCCCCAGAACCGGAGUCUGUCCACGUCCUCGGGGCCCGGCAGCCCCCUGGCCCCAAACCCACCUCUGGCCCCCAGGUUCCAGCCCUAUCACGGCCCCUGGGGGGCCCUGACCUCACAGGCCCACUUCUCCCAGAGGCCCCAUGAUGGCCUGUCUGUUCCCUACAGCAACCUCAACGGCUACAGGCCUCUGCGGCUGCAGGUCGAGCAGCUUGGCCUGGUGCCCAGGGUGGCCCACACCCGGAGGCCCUUUCCACAGGCCUUCCUGAAUUUCUGA